AUGUUCCAGCCGUCUGCGAAGCGCUGCUUCACCAUCGAGUCCCUGGUGGGCAAGGACACCCACCUCAGCCCCGAGGAACCCCCGCGCCCCGCCGCCCUCGGCUACCCCGGCCCCGCCGCCGACGCCGCCGCCUUCGCCCCCGGCUUCCAGGGCGCUGCCGCCGCCGCCGCCGCCGCCGGCCGGGCCCUCUACGGUAGCGCCGAGCUCGUCUUCCCGGAGGCCGUGGGGCACCCGGCGCUGCCCGUCGGGCCCCAUCAGCUGGGGGGUUCGGCGCUGCCGCACCCCCACUCCUUCUUCGGGCCGCAACACCGCGACCCGCUCAACUUCUACCCCUGGGUGCUGCGGAACCGCUUCUUCGGGCACCGCUUCCAAGGGAGCGAGGUGUCCCAGGAGAGCCUGCUCCUCCACGGCCCCUUCGCCCGGAAACCCAAGCGCAUCCGCACAGCCUUCUCGCCGUCGCAGCUCCUGCGGCUGGAGCGGGCCUUCGAGAAGAACCACUACGUGGUGGGCGCCGAACGCAAGCAGCUGGCCAGCAGCCUCAGCCUCUCCGAGACCCAGGUGAAAGUGUGGUUCCAGAACAGGCGGACGAAAUACAAACGGCAGAAGCUGGAGGAGGAAGGACCCGACUCGGAUCAGAAGAAGAAAGGUUCCCACCACAUCAACCGAUGGCGCCUCGCCACCAAGCAGUCGAGCGGAGAAGACAUCGACGUCACCUCCAACGACUAA